GAUGUAGGCCCCAUUUUGUGCACUCAAGCUUCAAGCUGUUGCAAAAAGGUCAAUCAGCAAUGGCUGCAGCAGAAAUUCCCAGUUACAUUGUUUCUUCUCAGACUGAGAAACACAGAAGGGCCAGAAACUGGACUGAUGCAGAAAUGAGAGGUUUAAUGCUGGUUUGGGAAGAAUUUUUUGAUGAACUGAAACAAACUAAAAGGAAUGCCAAAGUUUAUGAGAAAAUGGCUAACAAACUCUUUGAAAUGACUGGAGAAAUUCGCCAUGGAGAGGAAAUAAAGAUAAAAAUUACAAAUAUGACAUUCCAGUACAGGAAAUUAAAAUGCAUGACUGAUAGUGAAACCGUCGCACCUGACUGGCCUUAUUACAAAACCAUUGAUAGAAUCCUGUCUAAAGUAUCAGACCACAGUGAUGUGAAAAUGCAUGAAAGUCAGCAACCAGGCCCUUCUACAUCACAGACUGAGGCCUCGCAGUCUCCAUCAGCUAAGUCUACACCUCUGUACUUGCCGUAUAACCAGUUUACAUACGAAGGAAGGGAAGAAUGUUUUGAAGAUGAACAUUCAGAGAGCUCAUCAAGCUUACUUUCUUAUAAGUUGAGAACUGAAGAAAGACCAGUUAAGAAAAGAAAGCUUCAAAGCUGUAGUUUCCAAAAGAAGAAACUAAAACUAAUGGAAGCCAUGUUGGAAGAACAAAAGAAGUUAAGCAGAGCUAUGGAAGAAACCUGUAGAGAGGUGCGCAGGAUUCUAGAUCAGCAAAACAUCAUUCAAGUUCAAAGCCUGCAGCUACAGGAGAGAAUGAUGAACCUACUGGAGAAAAUGAUCUCCAAGUCUAAUGUGUAGUUUCCUUGGUGAAUGCUGCUAAACUACACUAUUUAACAAUGUUAUAGAAAUCCACUAUCACACAACUUGUGUGUGUCUGUUGCCCUUUUCCCAUGUUUUCUAUGGAAAUUAAAAUCUUAGUGUAAUCCUAGUGAAACGAAGAUAACAGUUAAUACAGGGUGAGAGCUAGCCAGGAUCUUGUGGAGUUAAGUAAUAACAGUGAGGAAAUUGGUGCAAUAUAUACCUAAUUGUAAUUAUUUUUGUACUGAAUGGUUAAGGGACGAAUAACUCUGGGAAAUGAAAUUUACUGUACUAUUUAUGCUAAGGUCAGGUAUUAUUUUACAAGCAGCAGUGUUGUGUACUGCUUCAUACCAAGGUCUGCAGCCUGACCUACUGUGGGAGAAUACAGUAGUGUAUUUUCCAGACAUAUUCACUGCAUUUCUGACUUUCUCCAAGCCAGACUCAGUUUUGAAACACAUGCAGUGGUUGUGUAGCAUGAACUAUGAUUCUUGUGAAGAGCUAGUUGAGAUCACCAAACACAGGACAUAUUUUAAACUUCAUGCAAAAAUGAACAGUACUCAAAAAUGAAAUAUUAAAUAAUCUCCCAAAUACACUUUUGAUAAAAAAAAUAAAAACUAUAUACUGAAUACUAAACUGUAUUGAAAGUACUUGAAGUUGCUUUUCAUAUUAAAUGUAUAGUUUUUUUCAUUACUAACUGGAAUCUGUUGACUUUAUGAUCAACGAAUAAUUAGAAAACUCCAUUUAUUCUCUAUCACAGAAGAAACAUAUUGUACUGUGUGUAUACAUUAGAUAUAUAGAUCUCCCUCAAGUGAAAUAAAGACAAAGAUAACCUUAUUUAUUAUUUGCUGGGCAGAUAGUGUGCUUGGGACAGUGCAAAACAGUGGAAGAUAUUGCUACUGCUUCAAGGAGUUUUCAUUCUAAAACACAAUACAGAGAUCUAAUAGCCACAUAUUUGGGUCAUCCAGGAUAUCUUUAAGUGUGGCAUAACAUUUAUUUUUAAUAACACUUUUCCAGAACAAUCUCUCUUGCUGGUGAAAUAAUUUUAAUACGGUACGUGGAAGUAGUAUAUUAUGAGUGGUUUAAAUGAAGGGAGGGUGGUCAACAUAAAUAUACCACAAGAGGCAGCUGAAAUCCUAAAGGAUGGUAUAGAAGUCAUCAAGAUGAAGUACUAGCAGCAUUCUUGUUGUCUUUAUUUAUAGAAUAUUUCAUUAAAAAUCAUCUUGAACAAAUAACUCUGAUCUAGAUUAUCUGAAUUGCUGAUGUGCUAUCUCUUUGAGAAACAAAUAUUUCUACUGUCAAGUUCACACUGCUCCUGCUGUAUUUGUGAAACAAGAGUUGCCCAUCUAAGGGCUGAUUAGACUCAAUCAUAAGAGAGUAUUCUUGUUAGUGGCUACA